GGCAGCCUCGAGGUGCGCUGAUCGGUCGGCCCGACCGGCGGCCCCGCUGCGGGGAGCCAGCGGCAGCGGAGCAUGGCUGCCGACGACGCCUACGAUCACCUCUACAAGAUCGUGCUGGUCGGGGACGCCACGGUCGGCAAGACGCACCUCCUCUCGCGCUACAUCAAGGGCGACCUGCCGAGGGCUCCCACGGCGACGAUCGGCGUGGAGUUCGCCACGCGGACGGUGCCGCUGGCCGUCGGGGGCACUGUCAAGGCGCAGAUCUGGGACACGGCGGGGCAGGAGCGGUACCGCGCGAUCACCAGCGCCCACUACCGCAGGGCUGUUGGCGCUCUGCUCGUCUACGACGUCACCAAGAGCUCCACCUUCUCGAAUUGCGCCAAGUGGAUGGAGGAGCUGCGCCAGAACGCCGAGCCUGACAUCGUGAUCAUGCUGGUCGGCAACAAGUUCGACCUCGCGGAGAAGAACCCCUCGGAUCGCCAGGUCUACUACGACGCGGCGGCGGAGUUCGCGCGCCAGAACGGCCUCUUCUUCGCGGAGGCCAGCGCGGUGACUGCGUACAACGUGAAGCACGUGUUCGAGCACCUGUUGCAGGAAAUCUACAACCAGUCGUCGAAGGGCAGGGGCAGAGAGGACAGCGCCCAGUCCCCGAGCGGCAUCACGGUCGGGGAGAGGGGCGGCCAGAAGCAGGGCUGCGACAGCAACGCCUGCUGAGGCGGUUAAUUCGCAAUUAGCCGGGGGCCCGCUGGGCGGCCCAGGAGACUGGCGGCCGCGCAGCGAGGUGCUGCGGCGCGUAGGGGGGAUGCAGGGGCGAGGGUGGCCUUCUUCGGAUUCUCGCCGGGCACUGAUCGACAGCGACGACGGGGGGCGACGACGUCGCCCAGGGCCUCACCCGAGCGCGCCUCGCCUCGCCCCUCGACCCAAGAGCCCCUCCGCGACCUCGGCCAGGAGCUCCCGAGGCGGCCUGGAGUGCGCGCGCCGGCUGCAGAGAA